UUGCCUACAGCUGCUUAUUAGGUUGCUUGAACAGAAGAGGGUGAGGCGGAUGCUAAACCUGCAGAAGUGAAGAAAUGCCUGUGCCCUAAUCCUCUCAUCAUUUUCUAAAACAGAUGAGAAGAAUGUUUAACUAAAAUCACUUAAAAAUAGGGUUUGAAUGAGGAAGUGGGGGAGGGGGUAUUGCAGCUGAGGGUACAAGAUUCUUCUUGCCAAAGCAGCAUUUGGUUUGUGUGUUUGUAGGGCUGUUCAGUGAUGGAGCGUCCUGCUGUAAGCUUAUGCGUUUAACUGUGUUUUGCUCAACAUGCCCCAGUGGAAAAGACUGGCAAUCUCAAUGCUAUGGCUUUUCUCUUUCUUGUGGCCUUUUUGUUAUCCUGCAGAGGUCUGUUUCCAUUAAUAAAAAUUCUGCUCAGUUACUUAUUUUGUGAUCUCUGUUAGCAAAGAUUUGUGCAACUGGAAACGAUGAGUCACCAGAUCUUCAUUUAGUGAUUCCUGGCCUUAUGGUCAGCCAGCCGCUCCCUCUGCUGCUGUAGAUCUGACACAGCUUCUGUGGUUGCAGUGCAGUUAUCUUCACGAAUAUCUUGAUAUACCCUGUGGUAAGAGUAUAUAGAUCACUUUUAACCCAUAGAAUGCAUUCUUAGCAAGGAUAACUUUUUGUAAUUAUUCAGCCUUCAGUUCUUCCCUUUUUUCCUGCCCAGGAACUAAAACAGCUAUCUGAAUUAGUGGGUGUGCUGUUUCUUUCCAGGCUAAAUCCCAUGAGGCUUUUGCGCUAAUUGACCAUGAAUAACAAAUUGCCUUCCACAAGGCUAACACUGUGUUAAAAGUAUUUGUCAAAAUUAAACUACGUUCUGUUCCAAUAGACUCAGAUCUGGUGCGUUGCUUCGAAAAGUUAUGGUUAUGCACAUUUGGGGAAAGGGUGUGUUAAUCUCAUUUAUUGAACAGCUGUGGUAGUCUUCACUUGACAUCUGAUGACCCAGAAAUUACUUGCAAAGAUGGGAGAAAACACUUAUCUUUGCACACAGGUGGAGAAGCUGACUUGCAGAGAUAUUUUGAACUCCACUCUGCUCCUGCCUUCCUGAUCAUGUUACUGACAUACGUUAGUGUUGAAGUUGGGACUGAGCCUAAGUUUUUGAAUUCCCAUUUUCAACUGCAAUUUUGCUAGACCACAGCUGUGAUUUUUUUGGUCUGUUUUAGGUAGCCACAUCCGUAAAUGAAACUAGUUUAUUUUAACAUAUUAGUGUUUUAUUUGAAACAUCAUCUGCUGCAGAUACAGCUUGCUAUCCCCACCAGGUCUCAAUUCACCUGUUGCAAUUCUCAGCAGGGAGUUUAUUUGCUGCUCUCUCACUUCCUUUAACAACUCCACUCCCUCCCCCCUGUUCUAUGACUCAAUAACAAAUGUUCUUCCUGGAGCUGCAGUAAUCUGGUGGAUCUGCAGGAAUUAAGGAAUAAUAUUCCUGUAAACUUCAGCUUCUUCAGAAGCAACCUGUGUGGAGGUCUUUCAGUAUUUUCAAAUAAAAGUGAAAAAUGCAAUGUGUGUAUGUGUGUAUGGCAUGGUGUGCCUUCAAGCUGUACCUAGUGUUGAUAUAUUUUAAACCUGUACAGCAGCAUUUUAAGAAGAGAGAGUUUAUGCUGUCCCUUUUUUUAAAAUUUUACACUUGCCACAGUUUUAGUAAUAAUAAUGUAGGACUUUUUUCUUUUCUUUUUCUUUUUAUAGCCUCCUGAGAACUGUCACACUGGUGGAGAUGUGCUUCUAAAAGACUGGUCAGGUCCCUUUAAAGUGAAAUGAAAGUGAAAGUUAACCAGGCAGGAGUUUGAGCUCUUUCAAAAAUUAGUGCAUUGUAUGCAAUCUUGAGUAUUUGCUGCUUUUUUUUUCUCUCUCCCCUCUGUUAAAGCAUUGAAUAAGAAAUUACAGAGUUGGAGAGGAUUUUUAUAAGUGGUUGUUCAGUGUAUUCUCCUGUCCUAAGUUAGGACCAAGUCUGCUUACACAGGUGACUUUGUAGGCUGUUGUAGUGCUUAUCUAACCUCGCAAGCAUAGGACUGUCCCUGGCAACAGGCACUAGAAACGAAGGCAUGGGCCUUAAGCUGAGCGUGAUCCCGGCAGGCUCUGCACUUGUAGUCUGUGAGUGACCCAUCUUCAAUCCCAUAGACCCACCAAGCGCCUGAGGCGUAUGGCGCUGGGCUGGGGAGGUGACAUUGUCCUUCCGUCCUGUCUGGACAGCUGUAGUUGCAGCAGCGUGGUCUCUUCUGUGCUUUCCUGGGCUGGUGUGACCGCUCGGUCUCUCCUGGCUGGGCAGCCUGUGUGUGGUGUUGGGGAUGGAGAGGGUGCUGUGGUGUGGGGGCAUAACCUGCUCCCAUCUUCUGGGGCUUUAACCCUGGGGGUGAAGCUUAUCCCUGCAGCAGGCUACAUGACCAUGUCUUCAUCCGCCUCCAAGUGCUGUGAUGUAAAAGGCCCAAAGCAGUGGUGCAUGUUAGGUGGUGUGGUUGAGGGGCCUGUCUGUGCCUGCAUGCACCAAGGAGCACAGAGGCACAACGGUGGUUGGGGAACCUGGGUGAUGCCCUGACCCAGCUACUACCAGGCCCAUCACAGGAGAGCAGCCAACUUGUGAAGGCUUGUCUCUACACACAAAGGAGCACAGAGACGCUGGCAGGUGGGGGAGCCCCAAUAACCCACUCCCAGAAAUGAGCCCCAGCCUUCCCAGAGCUGUCUGGGGGAGCCAUUGCCCUGUGGGCCAGGGGUGACCCCUCUCUGCACACAUCAGCGGGGGGCUGGCUCCCCUUGCAGGCUGGGGGGGGGCACGGGAUGCAGGGGUUGAGCGCGUGGGGUUGUGAGACGUUUAGGGGAGGAACCAAAGGCAGGGAUCGAGGCCAUUUGGGGAGCAACAAGUGUGGGGAGAAUAAAAGGAUAAAGGGAUGAAAAGGACUGACCCUGCGUAAACAGGUCUGCUGUGUGUGUACCCUUGUCUGGCUGUGUCCUGCAACCCGUCAGCGGAGUCUGUCCCGUGUCCUCAUUAAACUCCUCCGUAGCUGCCUUCCUGGGGAAGGGAUGCUGUUCUGCACGCACAUGUCUGUGUGGAGGUGUAAGCACCAGUACCUGGGGCCAGAUGGUGGGUCGGAGGGCCUGUGUGUCUGUGGUGCCAGCACCCAGCAUGAGUGUGUGAUGGCUAGCAAAGAUCAAGACGGACUAGCCAGGAAGUAGGCGAGGUGGCCUGGGAGGCAGGCGUACGUGCAUCUCUGAGGGUGCGACCACUGAAGGUAUUGGCCGCUGGAGGGGCCACGGGUCCUGGCCAGUGGCCAGAGAGACAGUGGAGUCUGUGGUCGAGUGUGAGACCCCCAAUCACUCGGGGGUCCACAGCACACGUGAUGGUGUAUGAAGGGGUCUGUGCAACAGCAGCUUCUACGUCCAGAUGCCAGCAACUGGGGAGACUAGAGUCUGGGGACAGCUGCUGCGAAGACUAAGCCAGCUACUGCUGGAUCCACCUUGUACACAUGCAUUUGGGUUGGCUUGUGGCGUACCCAGUACGGCUUAUCUAUGCCACCUUCCUGAGGCUGUUCAAGAAUCCCCAUCCUGCGAUUACUCUGAAGGAUCCUGAACUGAAGUAUGCGUUGAGGCUGAUUGAUAAGGAGGAAGUUAGUCAUGACACAAGAAGAUUUCGAUUUGCUCUCCCUUCCAUAGAUCACGUGCUGGGUCUGCCUGUAGGACAGCAUAUCUACCUGUCUGCACGGAUUGAUGGAGCUCUGGUUGUCAGACCUUACACUCCAGUUUCCAGUGAUGGUGACAAGGGCUUUGUGGACCUUGUUGUCAAGAUCUACUUUAGAAGUGUCCAUCCGAAGUUUCCUGAUGGAGGGAAGAUGUCUCAAUACUUAGACAGCCUGAAAAUAGGGGAUACUAUUGACUUCAGAGGACCAAGUGGCCUACUUGUCUACAAAGGAAAAGGCGAGUUUGCUAUUCGGCCUGAAAAGAAAGCUGAACCGGUUACUAAGAAAGUGAAAUAUGUGGGGAUGAUUGCAGGCGGGACUGGGAUAACACCGAUGCUGCAGAUCAUUAAAGCAAUCAUAAACGACAAAGAUGACCCUACCAUUUGUCAGCUGCUGUUUGCUAAUCAGACGGAGAAGGAUAUCCUGUUACGUUCCGACCUAGAGGAGAUCCAGGUUCAGAAUCCCGGUCGCUUUAAGUGUUGGUACACACUGGACAGAGCACCUGAAAAUUGGGACUACAGCCAAGGAUUUGUGAACCAAGAGAUGAUCAGAGACCACCUGCCCCCACCUCAAAACGAUGUUCUGAUCCUCAUGUGUGGACCUCCUCCGAUGAUCCAGUAUGCUUGCAUUCCCAAUCUGGACAAACUGGGCUACACCAAGGACAUGAGGUUCUCCUUCUAAAGAAGACUGAUAAUUCAGUGAUCUUGUGUAGAAGGGAAGAAAAAACAUUUAAUGGGGAACAGGACAAAGCUACAGACAUGGCUGAUGCACAGUGCUGGGAAGCUACAUUUACAUUAAAAAAUGCUUCAUUUUUUCUGAAUCUCUGGCAAGUAAGACACUUAAGCUCAACUGUACUAAAACUGUACUGUAUGUUGCACAGAUACAACUGUAUUGUGGAAUGGUAGUCAUGCCUAGUGCUUGGCUAUAUUGUAUACUCUGUCUCAAGGGAGGACAGUAUAGCUGCUUAGGGCAGUAAACACUCAUUUACACUUUUUCUUAGCACUGUAAUCAAAUGGCAGUAAUAUCCUACUUCCUAACACUGUGCAUACCCAGUAUUUUAUGGUAUGAAGUAUGAAAAUAUAUAGAAUGUGCUGGAUUAUUCACCUUGCUUAUGCCAAAUUUUAAUACUUACUGUAAAAGCUCUGUAUGAGGGCCAGGAGUGUUUGCCUUGUAUGCAUAAUCUUUGCAACAUCAGAAGCUUAAAGAAGAUGCUUGUUCAGUUGAAGGGUGACAGUUAACCAUUUACGACUGAAGUUGUUCAAGCUGCCUUGUUAAUCAAAACAGAGAGGUAGACAGCAGCACAAAAUUUGUUUGCUUUGUGUUUGGGAAUAGCCUCUCAAAUGCAAACACUUUUCCAGCUGGUCACAGUUUUCAUCCCUGGGCAAUGAAAGAAGCUACAGAAAGCAAGCAGCUUUGUGCACUGUUCCACAAAUAGCUGGAAUUUUUUGCUUGUAUGUGUGUGGAAUACUGAAAGAAAAAAAAAAUACUAACUUUUGCAUUUACUUUUAAAUAGCGGAUGGUGCCAUAGGAGUACAAAAGCAUGUGUUCUGCAUGUCCUGUGCAGUGGAAAAAAAUGCUGGGUGAAAAAUUGGAUCUAGUUUUAGUUUCUUGUUUCCCAGAGAUGGAUUUGGAAUAAAGGGAGCUCAGGUUUCAUUGACAGGGUGGGUUUCAGCAGGUAGCCCAGCUUGGGAUGCGUUAUGUAUACAGUCGGGGGACCCGCCUGUGUGUCUUGUUCAGGCAAAUCUCCAAAGGGUUUUGCUUGCUAAGGAUGCAUGGGAACAGCCUUAAGUCACCAAACUGACAGCAAAUUCAGAUGUUUCACUGAAUCUAAAACUGUUUCUUAGAUGCUGUUUAUUAUAGCUCUGAUUUUUAUUUUUUUUAAAUACACUUUUUUUACAGCAGCCUUUAGUAAACUUAAGGCAUCUUGCAUGCCAAACCUUCUGCUUCUGAACAGCAGAGAUGCUGCUGAGAUCGGAGCUGUCCUGCAAGGAAUCUAUGAAACUAAAAAUCUUACUCUGGUGAUGAAAUCAGAGUGACCAAAAGGAUGUUUAGUCAUAUAUGAAGUAAUGUGGAUGCUAGUUAGCUACAAAUGUCAGUGUAUAAUACCACUUUUUUAAAGAUUCGGGUAGGUAUCUGAGGUUAUAGCUUGCCAUGUUUUCUCUUGUGUUUGUACAGCAGAUGGGUACUGUGCACUUAAAAGGUUAAUUUUUCAGCAUGAAUUAAAAGGAGAAAAAGAUAGUACAGUUAAUUUAAGGAACCUCAAAUGGAUACUACUGUUAUUAAUUUUAUUAAUUAGAUAUUUGCCUCUGAAGUCUUGAAUUUUUGAUGUGCGCUUCUGAAACUUGUUCUUUAAUACUAUGCUCCAAAGUUCAAUUACUCCUCAAGUAAGUUUCAGUCCCUUUUUUAGGAGGCAAAAAGCAGAAAUAUGAGAGAAAUUAUCUUGCUGCUGGUUUAUAUCACUGUGGGAUACACAUAAAUUUUUUUCAUUAUUGUAUUUAAUAAAGUUUUCAUGUAAAAAAUAACUCUAGCUGGUUACUCAUCAACUAUUUUGUAUUACUUACUCUGCUUAUUCAAUUACUGGCUUUUUUCAUAUCUGUGUAAGAAAUAAAGUAUCUUGCAGGUGAAUCACCGGUGUGUUACUGAGCAGAACAUCAUCUUCAACCUCAUAGGAGACAGACUGUAAUUGUAAAACACUCUAUAAAGUGAAGGUUCAAAAAAAAAAAAGAGAAAGCAUUAGAUUUGUUUACCCAAGUGCUUAUCUCUUUCUUUUGUUUGAGUUUGGUGAAAACUGUUGUAUUUGGAUGCUGAGUCAAGGAGUAAACUGUCUUUCUCCCCCUA